AUGUGCAAACUUGGGUCUCGGUCCCACCGAGAGGUACCAGUGGAUUUCGUGGAUGAGACUCCGUCUUUGCGGAGCCACCGUUCGACGGCGGACGAUGCACGGCUUGGUGCAAGUCAGUCGAAUUUUCCGGAUCAAGUUCAUGCCAUCAGCCCUCCAAAGAACGCAGAAAUAUCUCCCGAGAUCACAGAAACGACGUCGGUGACGGAGGGGCCACCACCCGCGCAGCCACCAGAAAUACCCGAUGGUGGUCUUCCCCGAAGAAAUCAUUCUUGCUCACCAUUCGCGACGAGAGAGGGCGCGGAAUUGAUGAGAUAUUUCAUCGACCAUUGUUCAUGUUUCUUCGAUUUUAGCGACAUCCAUCGACAUUUCACAUAUGAUGUCCCGCUCCGAGCUCGUGGGAACGCCAUGUUGGCCAAUGCCAUGCUCGCACUGGCCGCGAGACAUCGGAGUCGAACCAGAAACUGUGAUCCAUAUAUUGCCGACCGUUACUAUCAUGAUUGUCUUCAAUCAUUGAUUCCUCGACUGGGCGAUAGCACGGCCGCAAGAGAUGACGAGCUCUUAGCGGCUAUCGUGAUUUUGAGGCUUCUCGAAGAGAUGGACGUCUCCAUCGUCGGAUCCGAUCCUCAAGGACAUUUGUUUGGUACUCAAGCCAUUAUCACAGCUUCCCGGUCUCAAUCACCUUCACCAGUAACACCGUUGAGAAAAGCGUGUUACUGGGCCGCGUUUCGACAGGAGAUCUUCAUGUCGUUGACAAUCCAAAGACCAUUCAAACUGCGUCUGCCGGAGAUGGCCCCCUCAUCGCAAUCUGGUGAUGAUUGGUCAUGGACGCUGAGAGCGACAUAUCUCUGUGGCAAGGUUCAAGACUUUGUUUUCGGAGACGAAGUGGCCAAUGUGGCCGAGUAUCAUCAACUGCUGGACGAAGUCGAAACCUGGAAAAGUCGGCGACCCGCCGGGUUUGAGCCGGUAUAUCAGCAAGCAGGUAGAAAGUCUGAGUCGUUUCCAGAAAUUCGCCUGCACAUGGACUGUCACGUGAUGGGCUGGCAAUACAUACAAAUGGCCCAUUUGCUUCUGAUUGUCCAUCAGCCCUUGCCGAGAGUCGGACCCGCUCAUCAACAGGCGUUGAAGGAUAUGCAGCAAGCUGCCAAAGAGGAUGUGAGGAAAUUGUGCGGAGUGGCUUUGUCGAAUGUCCAGACGCCUCCAGCAAGCUUUGUCGCUUGCAUGGCGAUUGCAUUAUUUGGCGAUCGAUUUGAAUCUCCAGCCGAACAAAAGCUGCUUCGAGAUCUGCUCAUUCACACCGAGAGUCGCAACGGCUGGCCGACUUCGGUCGCAAGAAAGCAGCUGGAAAAAUGUUGGGAUUGGUUGGAAGACAACCACCAUCAUCCCAAGUAA